GACAGACAUGGCUGCUCCCAGCCAGCCCCACCAGGCCACCUACGACGCCAUCGUCAUCGGGGCCGGCAUCCAGGGCUCCUUCGCGGCCUACCACCUGGCCCAGCGCCACAGGGACACCCUCCUGCUGGAGCAGUUCAUCCUGCCCCACUCACGGGGCAGCUCGCACGGGCAGAGCCGCAUCACCCGCAGCGCCUACCCCCAGGUGCCCUACGCCCGCAUGAUGCCCGACAGCUUCCGCCUCUGGCAGCAGCUGGAGGCCGAGGCUGGCACCAGCCUCUACAGACAGACAGGGCUGGUGGUGCUGGGGCCGGUGGGUGACCCGGAGCUGGAGGCCUGCCGGCACAGUCUGGGUGCUGCUGAGUUCCUUGAUGCCACGGCGCUGGCCUGGCGCUUCCCCGGCCUCCGGCUCCACGCUGGCGAGGUGGCCCUGUGGGAUGGCACCGGCGGGGUGCUCUUCGCCGACCGGGCACUGCGGGCAGUGCAGGAUGUUUUUCGCUGGCACGGGGGCACCCUGCGGGAUGGGGAGAAGGUGCUGCGCAUUGAACCCGGGGCCGUGCUCACCGUCACCACCACCGCUGGGGUGUAUCGAGCCCCCCGGCUCAUCAUCGCAGCUGGAGCCUGGACCGGUGCCCUGGUGGCACCCCUGGGUCUGCGCCUGCCGCUGCAGCCCCUGCGCAUCGAUGUCUGCUACUGGAGAGAGAAGGAGCCGGAGACCCCCAGCAUGGGCAGAGCCCAUCCCUGCUUCAUCACCCUGGGGCUGAGCCAAGCCCCCCACGGCAUCUACGGGCUGCCCUCCCUCGAGUACCCAGGGCUGGUCAAGGUGUGCUACCACCACGGCAGCCCCGCUGACCCUGAGGAGCGGGAUCGGUUCCCCCCAGACACCCCCCGCCCCAACAUCACCCUCUUGAGAAGCUUCAUCAGCGGUUACUUGCCGGGGCUGGAGCCUCAGCCGGCCGUGGUGGAGACCUGCCUCUACACGAACACCCCGGAUGAAGAUUUCAUCCUGGACCGACACCCCAAGUUCAGCAACAUCAUCAUUGGGGCUGGCUUCUCGGGCCACGGGUUCAAGCUGGCACCAGUGGUGGGGAAGCUGCUGUGUGAGCUGAGCCUGGGCGAGGAGCCGUCCCACAGCACAGCCCCCUUCGCCAUCACGCGCUUCCCCGGCGUGCUCCGGGCUGCGCUGUAGUUGCAGGGCCCCAGCCGUGCCCACACGGCAUCACGCUGGCCUGCAGCUCUGUCCCUGCACUCGGUGCCUUGACACCUCAGCGUGCUGGCACGCCCGCAUCCUCAUGGAUCUCCAUCUCCCUGCAUCCUGGUGUUCUGAUACGCUGCAUCCCAGCACCCCUUCAUCCACACCCCCCCGCUACCCUGCACGCCCAUGUCCCCAUACUUCACCAUCGCAGCACCAGCAUCCUUGCACCCCUCCAGCCCAGCAGCCCUCCACUGCGCACCCCAGCAUUUCCACAUUCCAGCACCCCCCAUCCCCACAGCCCACCUCCCAGAAUCCCUGCAUCCUUGUACCCCUGCACCCUGCACCCUGACAACCCAGCACCCCACAUCCCAGCACCCCUGCAUUUCUGCACCCCAUAUCCUAGCAUCCUGGUACCCUGCACCCCACAUCCUGGUACCCUGCACCCCACAUCCCAGCAUCCCUGCACCCCACAUCCCAGCAUCCUGGUACCCUGAAUCCCCACAUCCCAGCAUCC